UUCCAUUGCUCCUUUUUUUUUCUUGGGCCGCCACUACCGCCUUUUGUUUGUGGCAGAUGUGGUCUCGAUUUAUACGCCACUCAAAAUUAGUUAGCUUUUUUUCUUGUCUGCCAAAAAAAAAUGUUAUCCGCUCUACUCCAUUAAAAGCCGUCCAUCGUUGUUACGCCGUCAGUAGCAACGAUAAAAAGGAGCGAGGUCGCAUAGUAUCUGUUAUAGGCGCAGUCGUUGAUGUACGCUUCGACGGGGAUAUCCCGCCCAUUCUAACUGCCCUCGAUGUUGAAAAAUCAGGAGAUCGUUUAGUACUUGAGGUAGCGGCUCAUUUGGGAGAAAAUACUGUGCGUACUAUUGCCAUGGACGGCACUGAAGGGUUGGUAAGAGGGCAGACCGUGGUAAAUACGGGCGCGCCUAUUAAAAUACCCGUAGGAGACUGCACUUUAGGUCGUAUUAUGAACGUUAUUGGAGAACCGAUUGACGAGCGCGGAGCUAUCAACGCCAAAAAAUAUCUCCCCAUCCACAACGUGGCUCCCGGCUUUACAGAGCAGUCAACCGAGCAAGAAAUAUUAGUUACCGCUAUCAAAGUUGUCGACCUGCUCGCUCCCUACGCUAAAGGUGGAAAGAUUGGUCUUUUUGGCGGUGCGGGUGUUGGGAAAACUGUACUUAUCAUGGAGCUUAUCAACAAUAUUGCUAAGCAACAUGGUGGGUACUCAGUCUUUGCAGGUGUCGGCGAGCGGACCCGAGAGGGGAACGAUCUCUACAGGGAAAUGAUUGAGGGAGGUGUUAUUAAGCUAGAUGGGCCAGGUUCUAAAGUAGCCCUUGUGUAUGGCCAGAUGAAUGAACCCCCCGGCGCCCGCUCUCGAGUUGCAUUGACAGGGCUUACUAUUGCUGAGUACUUUCGAGAUUACGAAGGGCAGGACGUAUUGCUUUUUAUCGAUAACAUCUUCCGCUUCACCCAAGCUGGCUCGGAAGUAUCAGCGCUGCUGGGUCGUAUUCCUUCUGCAGUAGGCUAUCAGCCUACUCUUGCUACUGACAUGGGUGCCAUGCAGGAGAGGAUUACUUCAACUAAAAAGGGGUCUAUUACCUCCGUUCAGGCUGUGUACGUACCGGCUGAUGACUUGACUGACCCUGCACCUGCUACCACCUUUGCUCAUUUGGACGCAACCACCGUUCUUUCCCGCUCCCAGGCUGAAUUGGGUAUAUAUCCUGCAGUUGAUCCACUCGACUCAACCUCCCGCAUUUUGGACCCACGCGUGGUUGGACAGGAACAUUAUGACACCGCGCGGAAGGUGCAAGAGUUGCUACAGAGCUACAAGUCGCUUCAGGAUAUUAUCGCCAUUCUGGGCAUGGAUGAGCUGAGUGAGGAAGAUAAACUUACCGUCGCUCGAGCCCGCAAGGCCCAACGUUUCCUUUCUCAACCGUUUACGGUCGCCGAGGUUUUCACAGGUCAGCCAGGCCGUCAAGUAGAAUUGGCGGAUACCAUUAAAGGCUUCAAAGCUAUUCUUUCGGGUGAAUACGACCACUUCCCGGAAAAUGCCUUCUAUAUGAUCGGGGGAAUUGGCGAAGCCGUAACCAAAGCGGAAAAGAUGGCUCAGGAAUCAAAAUAAUAAUGUUACCAUAAAUAAAAAAUUAAGU